CAGCAUCCCUUGCAGCUCAUGCAUUCAGUCCCACAGCUGCCCCGUAAGACACCAAGCCGCAGCUGCGCUGAUCACUGAUCCAAGGUGAACCCUCACACACACACACACACACACACACACACACACACACUCACACUCACACACACACACACAGACGGAUACACAUACGCACACACGCUCCGCACACUGCCGGAUCUUAGCUGGGAAUCGAAGCGCACCGUCGGAGACGCAAUGUUGGUGAAACUGGCCGUGGCGCUGCUGGUUUUGUCUGUGCUGGAGCAAGUAGUGGGAUCGGAUAAUACUGACAUCCAUGACAGCCUCCCGGAGAAGCCUGCGAGCCAGAAAGGACGCCUCUCCUUGCAGAACACAGCUGAGAUCCAGCACUGCCUGGUGAGUGCAGGGGAUGUCGGCUGUGGCGUGUUUGAGUGCUUUGAGAAUAACUCCUGCGAGAUACGAGGGCUACAGGAAAUCUGCAUGACGUUCCUGCACAACGCUGGCAAAUUUGACUCUCAGGGGAAGUCCUUCAUCAAGGAUGCUCUCAAGUGUAUGGCACACGGGCUACGGCACAAGUUCAGCUGCAUCAGCAGGAAGUGUGUGUCCAUUAAGGAGAUGGUGUUCCAGCUCCAGAGAGAGUGUUACAUCAAACACAACCUGUGCUCUGCUGCUAAGGAGAAUGUGGCUGUCAUGGUGGAGAUGAUCCAUUUCCAGGAUCUCUUCCCUAAAGGCCCGUACGUGGAGCUGGUGAACAUCCUGCUGAGCUGCGGAGAAGAGGUUAAGGAGGCGCUGACUCGAAGCGUCCGGCUACAGUGUGAGCAGAACUGGGGGGCUCUGUGCGACAGCCUGAGCCUCUGCUCCUCCCUCGCCCCGUCCCCCGCCGGAUCGGUCGUCGAACAGCACCACCGUCGCCCCUUGCCCUCCAUUCCCGAGCCGGAGCAGCCUCGCCCACCGCGACAAGGUGACAAGGACAAACCUGGUAAGGCGGGCUUCAACGCUCACCCACGCAAUCGCAGUCAGGGACCCCGCCGCCAGAGUCCAGCGGCCGGAGUGGUGGCCGAGCAGGAAGACCCCGAAGCCACCGACAUCCGGAGGUGAAAGUGCAGGAGACUGUCCCAACCUUUGACCCCCCGACAACAUCUAACAAAGCCACACUUGCAGACUCAUGCACACCGCACACCACACACACAAACACACACACACACACACACACACACACACACACACACACACACACACACACACACACACA